AGUCCCACAGCACCGCCAGCCACGGCGCUAAUGACAGGACUGCCGCGGGCGUCUCGGCCUCGGACUCAGCGUGGCCUCGGUUCGGCCCCCACUUCCUGCAGAGGUGCUGGCUCCGCCUGCCGCCUGGGGCAGGAAGGGGGGUCGCGCGGGGACCCUCCUCCAGCUGGGAAGGGGCAGGAAAGAGGCGGGGCGCGCGAAGAAUGUGCGGAAGCGCCUGUUUACCCGGGGGCGGGGCAGGCUCCCCAGACCUGCCCCUGGCCUCCCCCCCACCCAAAGUGGAUCAGGAGCCCCGGCCCGCACCCUGCGAGGCCUCUGGAGGUCACCUGGCAGGCGGGGUGCGCGCUUUGAGCCCAGUGGAGCUGCCCGUCGUCGAGGCCCCGCCAGCGCGAGUUUGGCGCCCGGGACCCCCCGCUCCGGCGGGAAGAGGUCCUCCGCAGACCCCCACCCUGCUCCGGAGAAACACGCGCCGCUGGCCCCCAGAAUCCCGCCCGCACUCCCUGGAGACUGCCCCGGAGGCUUCGCAGCCCCAGGGCCGGGUCCUACCUUUCUUCUUGGAGUUCAUGGAAAUGAGUGUUUCAGACUUUCUCCACAAGCCUCAAACCAGCACAAGCCUCUCCCACACAGAAGAAUGAAGACAACCCUGGAAACUACUCAGAUGCCCAUCAGUUGAUAAUGGAAUGCUCUAAAGCAAAAAGAAUGAACGUACAACCACAUGCAACAAUAUGGAUGAAUUUUACAGACGUGAUGUGAUG